CUGCUGCAGCAGAGCAGAGCAGGAGUGAGGGAGAAUAACCACUGAGCUUUUUACCGGGGUAUUUAACCGGGGGUUUUUACCGGGGACAGUCCACACACAGCAUCGACACACACCGUGUCAGUGCUGUCCUCUCACCUCCCUCCACAAAAACAAAUCAAAUCCACAGUUUAGGCUUGAAAAAGCUGGGGGGCAGAUCUCAUUAAUCCCCCCCCCCAUCUGUGUCAGCGGGCAGAUGGAGCUCCGCAGUUAGAGGGGUUUAAAUCUCUUAUUUUUCAUUUUUCGGGAGAACCGGACUCGGUCGGAAUUACGCCAAAAUUACGACGGGAAUCAAGUACAGCUCCCUGUCUCCCGGCAACGGGAGCGACCAGCGGGCGCUCGUGAUGUCUCGUGCCAAGGAGCGGCUGAAAGGCGGGAAGGAAACCAAGGACAGUGUCACUCUGUUACCGUGCUUUUAUUUUGUAGAGCUCCCCAUCCUGGCCUCGUCUGUUGUCAGUCUUUACUUCUUGGAGCUGACAGACAUUUUCCAACCGGUGCAUUCUGGGUACAGCUGUAAUGACCGCAGCCUGUCUCUGCCCUACAUCCUGCCCAGACAGGAAGUCUGUCCUCUACCUCUGCUCUUCAGUCUGGCCUUUGCUGCUCCCACAGUCACUAUUCUGAUAGGGGAGGCCAUUCUCUACUGUUAUCUGUCCAGGAGGUCGACCGCCACACAGACCGAGGCAAACAUCAACGCUGCAGGCUGUAAUUUCAACUCCUACAUCCGCAGGGCCGUGCGCUUCAUAGGCGUCCAUAUCUUCGGACUGUGUGUGACAGCGCUGAUCACCGACAUCCUCCAGUUGUCCACGGGUCAGCACACCCCCUACUGGCUGGACGUGUGCAGACCCAACUUGACCCACAUCAACCUGUCCAGCUGUGACGAAGCUUUUAUUUUGGAGGACAUCUGCUCUGGACAAGACAGUGGUCUCAUCACUGCGGGGAGGAAGUCGUUUCCCUCCCAGCAUGCAACAUUGGCUGCCUUUGCUGCUGUCUACAUCUCAAUGUACUUUAACACAGUUCUGACCGACUCGGCCAAGUUGCUGAAGCCUCUGCUGGUGUUCUCGUUCGUCAUGCUGGCCAUUCUGGCUGGGCUAACGCGGAUCAUCCAGUUCAGGAACCAUCCGGUGGAUGUUUACUGCGGAUGGAUCCUGGGAGCCGCCAUCGCCGUUUACCUGGGUGUGUACGCGGUGGGGAAUUUCCAGCCGAGUGAAGAUCGGUCCAGAAGUCGACCGUCUGCCCCCAUCCUGAGAGAGCCCCCGCCCUCAUCCUUGCCCAAUGUCAGCCAAGUAACAAUUAGCAACAGCCAUCAAGGUCACCACACUCUGGCUCCCAGCCAACCAGAGCCCAUCAUCACCCGGACCUCGUCCCACACUCUGGUCCCGGAACAAACUGGGCCCAUGCUGAAGCGCAGCGCCUCCUACCGAGAGCCGUCUCUGUCCAAUCUGAAGAGAGCCAGUGCUGAGGUGGAGGUGAUCACGCCGUCCAGUCCUCUCGGCAACCACGACAACAUGGUGACGUUCAGCAGCAGCACACUGCCACGGUCCCACGGAGGCUCGUCACUGGAGGAGGGCCGCAUUCCCCGGCGCCAUGCCGCCAUCCAUGCCUCAAUGGACUCCACUCGAUCCAAGCAGCUCCUCAGCCAGUGGAAGAAUAAGAACGAGAACAGAAAGCUGUCCCUGCAGGCCAUGGAUGGAAUAAGACCGUCCUCCUUGUCCUCACCUCAGAGGAACAUGGAGCUGCGCUGCUCCUCAGAACCGUCUGCCAUGGGCCUGGAGGCAGAGCUCCGGGCCGGAACCCACCUGCCUUCAAUCAGUGCCCAGGAAGCAGAGCUGCGUGCUGGGGCCCACAUCCCAGCUCAGUACAUGAAGCUAGCAGCAAGCUCCGUCCCCAUGGCGAACCAUAAUCACAUGGCUCAUAAUGGCAGCACUGGAUUAGUGGGUGGGGCCAGAGUGUCUCUCCAAUCCCGGCCUGGAUCCUCCCAGCUGGUUCACAUACCUGAGGAGGAGAACCCCACCUGUAAGGACCAGGAGAGCGAGUCAGAGGACAGCAUCAUGGACGGCGGUGGAUCAGUGAGGGAAAAGUGGCUGAGAGUGGCCGAGAAGACCACACUGCCCUGCAGGCCGCUCAGUGCCGGAGGACAGCCUCGACUCAUGCAGGUGAUAACCUUAUCCAAACAGCAGGGUUUGCUUCACUCCCCUCGGUCAGAAGAUGGUGGUAGCACCGUCAGCUGCACUGGAUCCAUCAGGUACCGAGCCCUGAUGGACCAGGACCCAUCGCCACCUGCCUCCACCACCGGAGCAAUGGGAGGAGGAGGAGGUUUGGAAAGAAGUGGCAGUAUAGUCCGCGUUGAAGCCCACCCAGAGUCAAGGUCUAACAAACCAAUAGUGAAACCUCCGAGCACUGACGGAAGUGGCUCCUGGCGAUGGAAACCGCCAGAUCAACGGCCAUCUCUCCGACAGUCAGCAUUUGCCCUCAAUGACCUUAACAGGCACACAGACAGCUGUGAUUCGCUGAGGGAUGGAGGGUCAGUGGAUGGACGGAGAAGCGUGACAGGGACUGAAAGUGAGAACGAAGGGGGAGGAGAAGGAGGAGAAGGAGGAGGAGGAGGGGCAUAUAUAAACCACCCACAUAUGAUACACCCUAUACAUCAAUUACAUCAGCCGAAUAACUACAACAACCCAAAUAACUACAACAACCCAAAUAACUACAACAACCCAAAUAACUACCAGCACCCCAACUUCAAUCCCAAUAACCCCAAUUUUAACAAUCCUAUGACCAACUUCAACCCAAAUUCCAGCAACUCCAAUAUGCCUUUCAACCCCAAUUCCAUGUUUGCACCUCCUUUCCACCCCCACCCUCAGGCCCUCACUACCAUCAGAGUCACCCCAGUGGAGGGCACGGCUGCCAGCAGCGACGGCGGCUCAGACUGCCAGUCUGUGGCCUCGUCCAGCCGGGAAUCGACCCUGAGGAGGAAGAGCAGCUCCAACACCGUCCAAGUCCCCGAUCGAGGUCCCACCCCCGACCUCCACAACAACCACCGUCUCUGUGAUGACAGCAACAGCCUCGACCAGGAGAGCAGCAACCGUUUCCAUGAACAUCUCAGAAGUUUUCAAGAAAACCCCAUCCACCCCGGUCACCCCGGACACCCCGGACACCCUGGACACCCCGGACACCCCAGUCACCCCGGUCACCCCGGACACCCCAACCACGCCAACAGACAGUUCCAAGGGAUGUUUGGUCGUCCCAGUCCUACACCUCCCCCGACCUUGCCCCGCCCCAUCUUGACACACACUCCACCUCCUACUCUGGGGUUGGCUUAUAAGGAAUGACACCCAUGAUAGUUGUCCGACUCAGCUAAUUCUAACAAAAGCAGUGGAGAACUUCUGUCUGGACCAACAAUUACAUGAAAUUCGGUUAGAUCUGUCUACAGAGCAGCAUUAGCUGGUAGUUCCAGCCACACAUUUCCAAAGUAUUUGUCCCACUCCACUGGUUCAUCUAAAUAAAGCUCUGUUUCCACCAAGUGGUCCAGUUGUUUAGGGUACCAAAUUAACCAAUCCAUUUUGUUCCACUUUGUGGCACCCUCCAGUAUGGGUUUCUAGCACAGCGAUCUAGCGCCCCCUAGCACCCCGCUAGACAAAGUGCAGUCCGUUGAUAUGUCAACAGAAAAUCGACACUUUCAGGUGCAUUACUGUUCUCAAACAAGUUUGUCUUCUUGCGGAGAACAGUAACAUGCCAAAAAGAAUGAGAGUUAAUAUUGGAUGCCCUACAUUACUGUCCUUUCUUUUUCUUCUAUACUUCUUCUUUGUUGCAUUUAUUGGUGGGCUACACUGUGUCAUGCUGGUAUGAUGUCACGCUAAUAACGUAACUAAUGCAGCUAUUGCCAUUCGGGCUACACACAGGGUUUACCAUUCCAAAACGGUUCCACACAAGCUGAGCUGAGCUACCACUUGGUGGAAAACGCAACAUGUUUUGCUAGGAGAUCUACAAAAGGUUUUAGAUCCAGUUUGGGCAGUUAGCCCUGCACCACUUUUUUUCAAAGGGCCAAGAAGGAAGGAUUAUAUUCUGGGUAAUAUUUUAUCUUUCUUGUGGAUUUUAAAUUUUUAAUUUUGCUCUGCUGAAGAAACCAGACAAUGUUUUUGUAAAUCUUAAAAAAAGGCUGGAAAAAGGACUACACGAACUGCUGACCUGGCCAGGAAUAAAAAACUCCGGCACCUACAGCUACCAGAGAGGAUGGAUUCAGCAUCAAAACUCCGCCUCCUUCUCCUGCAUCUUCUGGGUCAGUUUUGAAUGGGAUGAAAUUCCUAACAUCCACAGUUAUACCGUACAAUAUAUUCUGAGCUUUCCUACUGUUGUCCAACACAGUUAAACGUAUUGUUAUGUAAACUUUACAGUGUAAACCACAUGGCAUUAGAUUACGGAAGUUGCAUUUUAAUCUUAACUGUGUUUGUACACAUGAGAGUGUGGGGACACAGAGGGGUUUUCGGAAAUUAAACCCACGGUUUUAAUUGUGUCUGGGCUAUGAGUGGGUCCCAUUUGGCCAAUAACAGAUUCAGAUUUCCAUUGUGCUUGAAUAUAGUGCAACGUAUAGUCUAUUUUUACAUAGUGGGUUUCAUUAACAUAGUGUAAUAACUGUGUAGUAUCUGUACUGAUCACUGACACAUGCGAGUCAUUAGAACAAACUCUACGUAAGUCUGACAGGCACCGUUUUUUUGGUUUAUUUUACCAACUCAUCAUGUUUCACACAUUAAUGAGUAAAAUUAUGAUUCAAUAGUAGAAGAAAAUCUUGCAGUUCUUGCCAAAAGGUUUGCAUUAUAUAUGGGAAAUUGUCCCAAAUUUACAAAAAUGUAAAGUAACAACAAGAAUAAAAUAUAUUUAUCAUUUAAAAGAAAAACAUGCCUGAUAAUGUUGGCUGGGCUUGGCUCCAGUCAUGCUGCUCUAUGUAUUAUAUAGUAUUAUUAAGUAUUAUAUGGUAUAGUUUUUAUUUAUUCCAUACGGUAUAAAAACGCACACACCUACAAAGUUAUUUAUCAAGUUAAAAGUAAUUUUAUGCGCAUUUUCAAUACAAUACUUUAUAGUAUAACAUAAACAUAUAACAAUAUAUCUUAAUAUUACAAAGUAAAGACGAUGGAUUUACAAAAUGCCAUAAUAUGGCUUUCUACUUUUCACAAUCACAUGACAAGAAUGAAGUCAUAGUUUGUUUUUGUUUUUAAUGUUAAGCCAUUUUUGAGAACAAUGUCCGUUUAGUAAUAUAUAUUUUUUGACAUUUCCAGACAAUCAAGCAUAAUUAUUCAUUAUUGAAGCAAAAGAUAAUUCUGGAUGUUAAUGUGCAUUUUUCAAGUAUAUAGUUGCUUCAAAGCCUCGGCCUGAUGUGACAGCCUGUUUUCUUAUCAAUUACUAGGAGUACAAAAGUAUUAUAAAAUAUUAAUACAACAAUUUUAUUUUUAUCCUUGCAGUAUUGCUCGUUUCACUGAAAAUGAGAACUUAUGUAUCAUAAGGGUGACUUUUUUUGUCUUAUUAUUUAUUUCUUCACUUAAUGUGCUUUUAUGAUAAUUCUGCUAUAAACACAUUUUUCAGUAUGUUUUUCAGUCAGACACAAAACACCAUACGGACAUUAAUUAUCAUUGUUUUUCACCUUGUGUAUACAUUUUAACUUUUUUCCCCACAUGCCCAAGUGCCAUGUGGCUGUGUUCUUGUCACACAGAAAUACUGUGUUCAGAGUUUUGAUCGCCUGACAAUGCAAAAAAAAACCUUACUUCUGGAUUGUGUAUAAAUUGAUAAAGCACAAUUACUACAAUUUUUAUUGAACCAAAAUUCAGUUAGUAGAGAUGACAAUGUUAAUUGCAUUGUAAAGAAUAUAAAGGUUUGAGGUUGUGUUACACUUUACAAAAUCCUAUUUCAGCCAUUUAAUACUUUUAUGGUCGACCCCCUCAACCAAAGCUGCUCCACCUGCCUAACGCGUUUGCAAAUAUUUUCUCAUGACAUCAGUUAUUAUUAUUAUAAUAAUAUAAGAUAUGAAGGACUAUCACAAAUAUAGUAUUUUCACAGAAGUUUGUUAAACUUUUUUCAUACAAAAUUUUACAUUACAUACAUAUCCCGAGCUAGGACUUUGAUAAAGCAGUUUAAAAAAAGUAAUAAUAUAUGUAAAUGAGUUGUACUUGUAAAGACUUGGAAUCAGAUAAGUGUAUAUUGGUAAGUAGAUGAGUGAAAUCCUAGAAAUGUAAAAGGCAUGUAUCAGUGUAGCAUGGUUUUUCAUUGCAAUACAUAAAGAAUACUUAUGUCUUAAUUUUUUUCACUUGAGAAUAGUUUAAUUGUGGACGAUCAGCAGAGAUGCGUGUGAUACAAAAAGAUUAUUGUGAAGUGGAAGUAAUUGUAUUAGCGAGGAAAACACAGAAAAGUGUAUAAUCAAUAGUCAAACGUGCCGGACAGACCGUAGAGAAUGUUCAUAACUUGUCUGUGGGUGUUGAUAUUGUUGAUGACAUCUGAUUCAAUAUUCUUUUAUAAUAUGUUCAUUUUAAAAUCAUGGUUAAGAUGGAUCAUGAGUUGGAUGAGUUGCACAAGAGAGAUGAAGUAGAUUCACAGGAUCUCUAAACAAAUGCACCACUGCAGAGAGAAGGAUGCUUCAUUGGAAUCAAGCUUCAAAAUACAGUAAUUACAUUGACAGGCUGUCACUGUGCCUGAUCAUUACUGUCACAAAAAGGGGCCCCAUCGCCUAAAAAUCAGAAACUAAAAACCCUCUUUUGAUGAUUUUUGGACGCACGCUUGGUCCUAGAAUUAUCAUUUGACUGUACAGCAAUGUGAUGUACUAAUAUAACAAAUAUAAAGUGUUAUUUUUUUUAUGUAUAAAUCUUUUCUAGACACAACAGAAUGAAGGCAACGUUUGUUUUUAGAGAUUUUAUCAAAGGGUUGCUGGAUCAAAAUACUUGCCAGGUCAUGGUCUGGGGUAACCCUGACCAAGGUACCCAAUCCCCAUUGCUCAUUGUGAGUAAAAAAAAGAAAAAAGAAGAAGAAGAAAACAGCACUUUAAGAAACACUCAAACCAUCUCCGUUUGGCAGCAACACCAAGCCUGAAUAAAUGGGAGAGUUAUGUUAGGAAGGGCAUCUGGUUUAAAAAAAUCUCUACCAAAUUAAAUAUCAGUCACAACAGAAUGGGUUCAGGUUUUUUCUUCAUCUCUAAAUAGCUAGUCGCAUUGUUAGCCUUAACUUUUUUAAAUCUGGAUUACUCAUUUCACCCAGUUUUCCCAUCUCUUCUGUCACAAGAGAAUGAAGGCCUUGUCUUUAUCGCUUGAUAGCUAGCUUGUUAGCUAUCUUGUUAGCUUUUGCUUGUUAAUGCUUAAUUACUCCAAGACUGUGUUGUCUUCAGCACUGUUAGCGUUAGCUUGUAAACACAAACUUUUCUAAUUCAGGACACAUUUCAGACAGUUUUACUCCAUCUUUUCAGUCACAAGAAAAUUAAUCUCUAGCCAGCUAGCUGCAUUGUUGACUUUAGUUUGUUCAGCCUGGAAUACUCCCCCCAACACUUGUUUGUUUUUCAAUAUUUAUUUUACUCAGUUUCUAGUUGCAAAAUCACAAAAAUGCAGGCUUUUUCAGUAUCUCUACUCGAUCUACAGUAUCACAGUGUUGCUAGCUAGCAUUAACUUUAGCUUGUUAACGCUAAAAUACUCAUUCAAGACUUGUUUGUGGCCUUAACAAGGACAUUUAAAUUCAGCUCUUUGUAAAUGUCUAUGUAAAAUAAAUGAUUAUAUUUGCUUAAGUUAGUUUUGGGCCAGGUGCAUAGCCGUUUAUUCGCUUAUUACUUGCAUACAAAGGGAAUGUGGGUCGAUGUCGUCAGUUGUGCUAGCAGCUAAAGAGCUAGCAUUCAUACUACCUAUAUUGUUACACAAUUAUGGGCUUGCUGGUUUUGACACAACUGCAUAUAUACAUAUACAUAUAUACACAUACAUACAUAUAUACACAUAUAUGUAUAUAUGUAUGUAUAAUUAACCAGCUGGUGAACGUUUGUUGUAAAAAUAUCAGAUAGACUGAAUGUGUGCAACUAACAGAUAUUUAAUACCUUUGUGAUAUUUAUAAUAACCAAUGUUAUUUUGUCUUAUUUCCCUUUCAUUGAACCUCUUUAUUGAUAUGACACAGUGCAUAGAUAUAUUUUGAAUUUGUGUAUGUGAAAGAAAACUUUUUUUAUAUCUGUGUAACAUAACGUUAACCUACAGUGAGGAUGAGAAGGAAAUCAAAUAUGACUGAUGCUGGCAUUUCUAACUGUGUUAAUGAACCAGCUGCUGGAAUUUGGUUCAUUUUGUACAACUCUUGUCUGCGGGACUCACAAUUGUCGAGCUGCUCCAAAAAACACUCACCAAAACAACAGCAGCACUUUUUUUUCUCACAGAAAAACUAUGAAAUGGUUGCAAACUGUACAAUUAGCCGCUUUAUUUUGGAAUAACCCUGUAUUUAUUUAUUUAUUUGUAAUCUCUCAAGGGGAAAAUACACUAAAUCGCUCUCUGUCCGAUGAUCUACAGUCAUUGUUGCACAUGAAGCACAGAGCAGCGGUCACUUUGUUAGCUUAGCACUGAGACUGGAGUCUGAGACAAAACUGCACACAAACAGAAAUUCAACAAUGACUUAUCUAAGUGUUUGAACAGGGUAUGUAGACACGGACAGGCGUUGGUGUAUUUUCCACAAUGUUGCAUUAUUUCUUCAAUUUGAUCUGAUUUAAAUUUUAAGCAGUGAUACUUGGAAAAAAUGUCUUAUUGGAUAUUUGGUGUAUAGGUUUUCCAUGUGUCAAGUGUAUUAUCAAUCGAACACAUGACAUUACUGGUUGUUUGUAAUGACAACAGUUAAAAAGGUUUGCUGUUUUAUUGCUGUAAAUAGUCAUUUGUAUCUUUAUACUCAUCGGUAUAUAAAUCCCGCAUCUGAACCCAGACUGGAUGGUUUGGGUUGUUAGCUUGAUGGGGAGAAUGCUAAUGUUUAGCAUAGACUAGAGGUUCUCAAACUUUUUAUACCAAGUUACCACCUAAGAAAAUAUCGGCCUCUCUCAGUGACACCGUUAUUGCCGACGGUAAAAAUACAUUGGUUUAAAUGGACCUUUCACAGGAGGCAGAAUUAUUCACAAUAAGAUCAUUUUUUUAGUUAUUUGUUUCAUUUUCUACACACACAAAAUUCCUCAUCUCCACUCCCAUCACAUACCCUGGUAUAUACCGUAGAACAGUGUUUCUGGCCUCCAAGUACCACCGGAGGAAGUUUGUGUACUACUGGUACACGUGCCACAGUUUGAGAACCAAGGGCAUAGACUAAUGCAGAGUGUCCAUCCAGUCACGACCUUAACAGACACCAGCGUUCCUGCCAGGCCACCCACUGAUUUGUACGUUACUGUUGGCUGUUCUUUCCAUUAACUAACAUCAAAAAAUCCAUUUCUGGUUUUCAGUGGACUGAGUGCAGGCCUCACAUCCGUUUGGUAUUGUACAGGACUUGCUUAAAUCUUUGAUAUGAAGUCACUCUCAUGUGAAAUUUAUGGGAUUGUGUGAACUUCUGAACUGUGGCAACAGCGGUUUCUGAAGCCACCAAUGAAAACAUGAAACCUCCCGAUAUUAGGAUUCUCAUAUUUACUCCACUACCACAAUAAUCAACUGUAGUGUUUCCUGCCUUUUUGAAGAUAAUAAUUCAUUAUUUACACAGACCAGUUUUUCUUUGCAGCCCUGUGUGGGACAGGUUGACACUGGUGACACUGCAAGUUCCAGUUAGCUGUGAAAAUAAGAUCUCAGUUUCUCUGCACGCACCCGUAAUCCAGGGACAAUGAGCAGUGACCGUACAACAAUGCAUCACAGAAACUCUCUCAAAUUUACUUUAACAGAAUGGUGGUUAAUAUGGCAGUGUCACCAAUGAGUUUAGUCAGUUGUUUAGUAAUAAAAUAAAAUAAUCAGUACCAUCACCAUGACAGUCCCAGUGGUACAAUCUUAGGAAAAUAGACAACAUCUCAAACAUGUUCAGAAACCGAGCUGCUGCUUCAGUUCUUAAGUGGUGUCAUCAAGGUCUAUUGUUGUCAUACUCCAGUAUUUAUUAUUUAUUUUUGUAUUCUGUAUUCGUUUUUUGACUUGUUCAUCAUUAUUGGUGAACACUAAUUCCUAAACCCCAACCUCAUCAUCCAAGUCAGUCUCACUGUGGCUCUUCCAUGGACAUGUUUGUUGUGGUCACACUGUAUCUCUGAAAAUGUGAUUUACUGAGACAGAUUUAGGUUUUAUUGUACAUUUAAAAAGGUUUUUAGUAGUCAUUUUCCACACCGUUUCAUAAUCUAGUAUACAUGAAAAAUGUAUCAUGAAUGUCUGUUAACCCCCAAACUCCGCUGCCUCUCUUUCAUUCUGUACAGGAUUUUUUUAAAAGAUGUAAGAUUUUUGACUUAGUGGUUUUGAAAGUUUUGAUUAGACUCCUGUUUUAGUUGCGGAACCUGCUGAUAGUCACAGGAAACAUCGUCACCCUAACAGACAUUCCAAAUAUUAAAAGGCAAAAAAAAGCAUCAUUCUGUGAUUGUUGUUGAUGCUUUGACUUGUUUUUUUUCAUCUGGACAAACUGGAUUGAGUAAUGUUUUAAAAGGCGUUCUUGAAGAUAUUAGGAGUGGAAUUAUUUCUGUGUGUCAUGGUCUUUCAGCCACUGGGACUGUGUGUGUGUGUUGGUGACUCACUGCAGUGUGAAUGAGUGAAACAUGUGACUGAUUUGGACUGUGAACACUCACACCAGUGACGGUGACAAUGAAUAAUGGCUGACAUCCUACACUUUGUAUUCCAGUGGUGUCUCUGUAACACAAUAAAAGUUUGAUAUCA